AUGGCGUUGGGCGUGCUGGUGCUGCUCUUUCCGCCGAGGCCGGCAUCCCGGGGACUUCUCCGAAACUGUUGGGAGCAACUGCGUCAGAAACUUCUGCAGACCCGACCAGGCUUUCCCAGUUCUCCUUGGGAACCAGCAUUAGCAAUCCAGGGUUCAGAUGCAUUUGCAGGACCAGCAAAUGAUACCAGUGGAAAUAAAGAGGUUUCCAGCCUUUUGGAUAGUAUCUAUUGGAUGGCAGCUCCCAAAAACAGACGCAGUAUUGAAGUUAACCGCUGUAGGAGAAGAAAUCCUCAUAAGCUUAUUAAAGUUAAGCAUAAUAUAGACAUUUGUCCUGAAUGUGGUCACCUGAAACAGAAACACAUCCUUUGUGGAUUUUGCUAUGAGAAGGUGUGCAAAGAGACUGCGGAAAUCAGAAGACAGAUAGGAAAAGCAGAAGGGGGUCCUUUUAAGGCUCCUAUUGUAGAGACAAUGGUUUUGUACAGGGGGGAGAAACCAUCUGAACAGGAUCAAGGCAAGAGGAUCAUUGAACGAGACAGGAAACGACCAUCCUGGUUCACCCAGAAUUGA